AUACCCGCAGAUCGCCACGGCAAAAUCUUAGGUCGCAGUCGGGACACACGAACAGGGACAGCUGGUAUACUGUUUUGCUUUGCAGGGCGUUUUUAAAGCAAUCUAUUUACGUUUCCAAGGAAACGCUGCAAAUGCCAGGCAUUUUCCACGUUCUGUUGCGCUGAACUGCACCCCUCCUCUUCCGCUCUACCCUGAGCCUUGCAUGUUUUAGUUCCCCCUUCUGUUGUGGAGAGAGCUACUGCUGAUCGCAUCAACAAUAACAGAGAGAAACCCGUCCUUCUGACUGAGCGUUUCGUCUAUAUUGAAGGCAGCAUUGGUCGCCAUCAGCUCUGGAUUGAGAAGGACCCCCUCCCUUAAGGAAGUCACCGCAAGCCCCCCUCCUCCCCUCCCGGCCCCCAGAAUGAGUGGCCAGCGCGUGGAUGCCAAGGUGGUGAUGCUGGGGAAAGAGUACGUGGGCAAGACCAGCCUGGUGGAAAGAUACGUCCAUAAACGCUUCCUCGUGGGGCCCUACCAGAACACUAUCGGGGCAGCAUUCGUUGCCAAACCAAUUCAAGUAGGGGAGAGAGUGGUGACCCUGGGGAUCUGGGACACGGCCGGAUCAGAGCGCUACGAGGCCAUGAGCCGGAUCUACUACCGAGGAGCCAAAGCAGCCAUCGUGUGCUACGAUCUGACAGACAGUAGCAGUUUUCAGAGGGUCCAGUUCUGGGUGAAGGAAUUGCAGAGCUGUGAAGAGCACUGCAGAAUCUACUUGUGCGGCACCAAGAGCGACCUCGUUGGGAACGACCGCAGCUCGAGGAAGGUGGAUUACCACGAUGUCCAGGACUACGCUGACGAGAUAAAAGCUCAGCUGUUUGAAACGUCGAGUAAAGAGGGUCGGAAUAUAGAUGAGCUGUUCCAGAAAGUAGCCGAGGAUUAUCACAACAGCACCUCCUUCCAGCUGAUGACUGAGGAGGAGGGGUUCGACCUGGGACAGAAGAGGAACGCCUAUUUCUAUUCCUGCUGCCACUGAUCCAGGACCAAGGCAUGCCAGGGGAGGGGGAGGGGUCCGCGUCCAAUCCGAAAACAUUUGUUGCUUUUAAAAAAGAAAAAAAACCUCAAUUAAGUCAUUUUUCAAUGAGGCAGAAUCCACAGCAAGCCCUGGGUGUGGUUCCCUCGUGUCUCAGAUUGACAGCCAAUAAGAAGCGGGAUUUGGUUUGCAACCAGCGAAGGACUGAAAUGCUGGCUUGUGAUUGGCUUCCUGUUGCAGUGAGGCUGUUGUGUUUGGUUUUAUCUGGAGCAGCUACCAUGUAAUAGUCACCUCUUUGCAGAUAAGCUAGCCUAGUUAUUUAAAUACAUUGUGACCAUUUCGUUCAAGCUGUUGUUUUAAUUAUUUCUUUAUUGCAGCGCCCUGGCUGGACCUCUAGCUGAACUGCUGCAGACUGGUCAUACACUUCCAAACUCGAAUCUUGCCUUGGAAUAGGGUUAUUUCUUUCGCUCAUUGAAAGUUUUGACCUAAAGUAGGAAUUUAAGAUACGUGCUUACUGCAUGUUGACAGUGUUGAGGAAGCGAAUCAUGGGGUUACAGCAUGCACUGCCUGAACAUUAUUUUUAAUUUUUUUAGCAACAUUUGUCUGAUUUUCUUUAUUCUAGUUUAUCAGUUUAUGUGUCUUUGGGGGUGGUAUUCUAUACAAACAUGCAUGCAUGCUCUUCUCUUUGUGAUUGUAUUGAAAACUGCCUGAACAUUUUUAACUUUUUUAGCAACAUUUAUGUCUGAUUCUCUUUAUUCUAGUUUAUCAAGCUACUGUACAAUACAAAAAAAACCCCAAAAUACAUCACUACAUAUUGGAGCAUGAUGCGGUGAGAUGGGAGUUCUCAAUAGUAGUGUACCUUACUACAGUGAACAAAAAAAAGCUAUUCGGUGAGGUAUGUUGUGUUUCCAGUUUUAUAAAUAAAUCUGACAUUUACAGCGUGCUGAAAUGCAGCAUGCGAAGCAUGUACGUUAUAUUCAGUUUAUCUAUUUAUGGAGGGCGAUUUCAAACAAAAGCACAGUGCAGCUGAGAAACGUGAAGCUGACAAAAGCUACUCCUGCAGCACAAAACUGGAGGUGUCCGCCCUGCAGAGAUAGUAUUUAUUGGAAAACUCACUGAAAACUUGCCUGUGUCCAUCUAGUGCUAAAUAUCAAAGCUCUCGGACAGCCUUAAGAAGCGACUUCUCUCUCUGACUGGCAGUGUUCUUGACAGUGUUCUCCGCGAUGGUCCGGAGUAGCAGGACAAGAAGCUUUCCUUGUAAUGAAUGGGGACCAUGUUGAUUGAACAGACGUUAGCUGGAGAAAGCGCCUGUGAUCCAUGCACAUAAUCUGCUGAGUGGUUGAUUUCGGUCUGUACUUUACUAGUGUUUGCACAGCAGCAGUGUUUUGCCUCUACAUCUGCCUCUCUGUGCUUUGACAGUGGCAGCGAUUGCUGUUUUAAAUCACACUACAAAUAAAACCAGUAAAUAUAGUAUUUUUAAGACAUGGUUAAAAACUGAAAUAAAGAGGAUGCUUUGGUUUCAACUGUAGCUGGAUAGAGAUGCAGCUGCCUUAACGUUUUUUAGUUUUUUCUUUUAAAUUGGUUUAAUUUUAUGUCUUAUUAAACGGCUGUGGAUUCAA